AUGAAUUUAGAAUUCUCCUUUUUGAUUAUUCUAUCGAUAUUAUCUCAAUUAAUGAAACUAAACUUGAUGACACUAUCAAAAGCUGUGAGGUCUAUAUACAGGCUAUGAAUUUAUUCGUCGUGAUUGAAACAGACAAGGCGGAGGAGUAGGCUUUGAUGUAAAAACGUUGAUUAAUUUUUUAGUUUGUUCUAAUCUAAAUGUACCUAAUCUUGAAAAUUUAUGUAUUAAAAUUCGUAAACCUAACUCAAAGCCAUUUCUGAUAGCUACAUGGUAUAGACGGAGAUGACUGAAAUAUAUUAUAUACGAACCAUUUCUUGAAAAAUUAGAUUCUCUUGGUCUUGAAUGUUAUCUUUCAGUUGAUUUAAAUUGUAACCUGGCCUCUUUUACAAUUAUAUGAUUCAAAUACUCGUCACUUAUGUGAAAUUCUGAUUUAUUUGAGCUUCAACAACCUUUAACUGAACCUACUCGCGUAACAGAAUCCUCGUCAACUAACUUUAAUUGAUUUAAUUUUUACAAACUAUACUGACAGGGUAGUCUGUUCCGGAGUCUCUUAUAUUGGCAUCAGCGAUCACAGCCUUAUUUACGUUUAUAGAAAAUUAUCUCCAGCUUUUCCCUCAAAAGGGCAUUCAACCAUUUCUUACAGAAAUUUUAAAAAUUUUAAUCGAGAGAAUUUUCGUAACGAUAUCGCUCAGCAGGACUGGACUUGUAACGGCCCUGAUGAUUCUAAUGUUUUGUGGGCUGACUGGAAAACGAAAUUUUUGCAUGUUGUUAACUUUCAUGCUCCACUCCGAACCAGACACUUUAGAAUAAAAAAAGCACCCUGGAUCAAUUCAGAAUUAAAGAAAGGCAUGCGCGAUCGUGAUGCUGCCAAAAGAAAAGCUAUGGCAUCGAAUGAUCCACGCGACUGGGCAAAGUACAAAAAGUUGCGAAAUACAAUAAACAAUAACAUCAAGACU